AUGGAUCAUCACGGAACACCUUUACAUUGGGGAUAUACUGGCACUAAUGCCUCACCAGGUUGGGGACCACCGCAACCUCAAAGAGCUGCUAAAAGAGCCUUGUCGGAAAGUGAUGAUUGCGAUGAUGUCUUCUCGGAAGAAUCAUCUAAAGAACACACUUCGCCUGGAGACACUGACAGUUGUCAGAUGCUAAGUCGCAAAAAACGUCGCGGAGUAAUAGAAAAGAAACGAAGAGAUCGCAUAAACACAUCUCUGACAGAACUGAAACGUUUAGUGCCUUCUGCUUAUGAAAAACAAGGAUCUGCCAAAUUAGAGAAAGCCGAAAUUUUGCAACUGACUGUUGACCAUUUGAAAACAUUACAUGCUAAAGGUUUGGAUACAUUGGCCUACGACCACCAACGAUUUGCUAUGGAUUAUCACAACAUUGGCUUUCGUGAAUGCGCUGCUGAAGUAGCUCGUUAUCUAGUCUCAAUAGAAGGAAUGGACAUCCAAGAUCCGCUACGACUUCGAAUCAUGUCGCACUUGCAAUGUUUUGCAGCACAACGCGAGUUAUCCGCCGCCACCAAACCGCCCAGUAAUGUAUCUUGGCCACCAUUAGUACCACCACCACCGCCACCCAGUCAGCAUUACGAAACGCACGCUCCUCAGCACCAUCAUUACGAUCCGUCAUGCACGCAACAACAUCCUUCCCAACAACCUCCACAGCCGCACCAAGCCCAGCAACCACAUCAACCUCAGCAAACCUCAGGACAACAAUUACAACAACAAGCUGCGACAAGCGUCGCGUCCAGCAUUAGGCUACAACCUCAACCUGUGUCCGCGCCUUUGACGGCGCUCUCCGCCGUGGGACACCAUCAGUACCAUCCUGGACAAUACCAUCACCUGAAUGCGUCCUCAUUCGCUCCACCUGCAUCUGUGCCCACAUCGGCGCAACAUUUGCACCCACAUCAACACUCUGCCUAUGCGCAGAAUCCAUCGAAACCGUAUAGGCCUUGGGGUGCAGAAGUCGCUUAUUAA